AAAGACUGAACUUGAAGUGUCUGGAGAACAACCCCAUCACUAACAGUACAACUCAGCCACCCUACAAGACUUUGUCUCCAGGUGUGAUGUCCGGUAGAAGCAAAGGUGCUAAAGGUCUCGGAAAAGGGGGUGCUAAACGACACCGGAGAGUCCUCCAAGAUAAUAUCCAGGGAAUCACUAAACCCGCCAUUCACCACCUCGCUCAUUGUGGAGACAAUAAACGCACCUCCGGCCCCAUUCACGAGGAAACUCAUGAGGUUCUCAAGGCCUUCUUGGAAAAUAUUAUCCAGGACUCGGUCAUCUACAUGGAACACGCUAAACGCAAGGCUGUUAUCGCCAUGGACGUGGUCUAUACCCUGAAACACCAAGGGCGAACUCUGUAUGGGUUCGGCGGUUGAGAACUGUCCACAAAAACAUUUGAGCCACUCUACAACACACACUGCUGGCGACUCACUACAAUUAGUACCGCAGUCCUCAAAGUUCCUUCAUGGGAUGUGGGCAUCGCUGGCUGGGCCUGCAUUUGUUGCCUAUCCCUAAUUGCCCUUGAGAACUGAGUGCCUUGCUAGGCUAUUUAAGAGUCAACCACAUUACUGUUGCCUUA